AUGCAUGCAGCAUCAGCGAACUCACAUUGGAGAAAACCAUAUAAAUGUCACGAAUGUGGAAAAUCUUUCAGGUGGAACUCUAACCUUAUUGUACAUCAAAGAAUUCAUACUGGAGAGAAGCCUUAUGAGUGUACUCAUUGUGGAAAGUCCUUCAGUCAAAGGUCGGACUUUGUUGCAUACAAAAGGACUCACACUGGAGAGAAACCCUAUGAAUGCAACCAGUGUGGAAAGUCCUUCAUUUGAAGCACUCAACUUAUUAGACAUCUGUGAAUUCACACUGGAGAGAAGCCAUAUAAAUGCAAUCAGUGUGAUAAAGCUUUCAGUGGGAGCUCUCACCUUAUUGAGCAUCAGAGAACUCAUACUGGAGAAAAACCUUUUGAAUGUAAUCAGUGUGGGAAAGCCUUUACUGGGAGCUCUCACCUUCUUUCCCAACAGAGAAUUCAUUCUGGAGAGAAACCAUAUGAAUGUAAUAACUGUGGGAAAUCUUUUCGGCAGCGAUCACAACUGGUUGUGCAUCAGCGCACCCAUACUGGAGAGAAACCUUACAAGUGCAAUCAUUGUGAAAAAGCUUUCAGCCAGAAGUCUCCCUUCAUUGUGCAUCAAAGAACACACAUUGGAGACAAGCCCUAUUGGUGUAACAUGUGUGUUAAAGCCUUCAGUCAAAGGUCACACCUUAUUGAACAUGAGAGGACACAUACUGGAGAAAAACCCUAUGAAUGUAUUGACUGUGGGAAAGCCUUUAAUGAUCAGUCAACACUUCCGAAACAUGAAAGAACACACACUGGCGAGAAACCUUAUGCAUGUAAUCAUUGUGAAAAGGCCUUUAGUCAGCGAUGUCAACUUACUAGGCAUCGGAGAAUUCAUACUGGAGAAAAACCCUAUGAAUGUAACGAAUGUGGGAAGGUUUUCAGUUAUAAUACAUCCCUUAUUCAACAUGAAAAAAUUCAUGGGAGAGAAGCUGAAUAAUCAAGAUGGAGACACUCACUGCCAAACCUUUAUUAGACAUUAAGUAACAAAGGUGUGACACUCAGUGUGGUCUAAUGACCAUGGAUUUCCUUGGAGUGUUCAUUGAAACCACACAUUUCCAAGCUUACCUUGAUCUAUUAAAUCAGAAUCUCAUGGUAAAACCCAGGAGCCUGCAAUUCCUAAAAGCAGCACAAGUAAUUUGUAUGUACACUAACUUGCAUUUACGUCUGCAUUUAGAUGAGAAGCUGUGAACAUAACACUGAUUUGAAACUUUUGUCAGAGCUCUUAGCAGGAGUUAGGGAAUUCAGUAUGUAGCUAUACCCAUCAAAUACUCUUUUCAGUGUAAGCAACCACCCAAACUUAAUCAGACAUUGUCCCUGUGAUGCAUUCCUAGAGACAAUGGACUGGAAGAUAUUCUCUUUUUUAUUUUAUUUUAUUUAUUUUUGGACUGGAAGAUAUUCUUAAUGCAAAGCCCCAAACAAUCUAAGAAGAAAUCUUUGCAUGACGAAGUUGGCAUUAGUGAUGAAAUAUGACGCUGGCCAAUGUAAACCAGCAGUUAAUGCAACAAACUGGAGGAUUGAGGUUGGAAAGUCUUCUGAAAUGGUUUUUAUUGGAAUUGAAAGUAGACUCUUUAUCAAGAAUUCCAUUGUGCUCUAAUUUUAACUUUGUUGUUCAGGUUGACUAUAAUCAGAGCUCACUGUAUAGCAAUAUAGAAAAUAUUUAUCAGGUGAAGUGAAAACAGGACCCAAAGUUGUAUAUACACAAAAUAUUACAACCACAUGAAAACAUGCAUGCGGAUGGUUAAGAAGGUCAGUUCAGCAGCACAUUCAAAACAAAGGCUGAAGUGUGAAUCAACAACAGUGAAGAAAGGGAGAAGCCGUAACUGCAGAUUUGAGCAAGGUGACAGCUGGUGUGAGAGCAUCACCUGGAGAUGCAGAGUGGAAAGGCUGAAGCCAGGAUCAUGUGAGGAGAGGGCUGCAGCAGUACAGGCCACAGCCCCCAAGCAGAGCUGUACACCAAGAGGGGGGAGAAAAACAGGGUUAUGUGAAGAUCUGUGAAACUCCACAUUUUCUCUCCUUUCUCCCCUACUUUUCUUGUCUCACAGUGACUGUCUGGCUGUGGGUAAGCAGAAAAUAAAGCAGGAAAGAAGUUAUAUACUAAAAAUGGUCUGGAGAACUAGGAAAUUUGGUGGAUUAUGUUCCAAAACAAGUGCUGCAUUGUUUGGGCAUUGUGAGAACCUUCACCCAAACAGCUGGUUCUUGCACUUUUCACCCUCUAGCAAAGCAUGCCAUUAAACUGGUCUCACCUA